CCGGCGCCAGGAGGAGCCGCGCGCUGCUGGUGCUGUUGCCGCCGCUGCUUUCCCUGCCGUCAGUCAGGCUGCGCCCGCUUCUUCAGGGCCCAGUCCCUCGGACCCAUCGCCGCUUCUAGACCCUACUGCGGUCUCGGAUAUUGCCGGGAAAAUGUCUGAUGAAUUUUCGUUGGCAGAUGCACUACCUGAACACUCCCCUGCCAAAACCUCUGCUGUGAGCAAUACAAAACCUGGCCAACCUCCUCAAGGCUGGCCAGGCUCCAGCCCUUGGAAUAAUCCGAGUGCUCCACCUUCGGUGCCAUCUGGACUCCCACCAAGUGCAACGCCCUCCACUGUGCCUUUUGGACCAGCACCAACAGGAAUGUAUCCCUCCGUGCCUCCCACCGGACCACCUCCAGGACCCCCAGCACCCUUUCCUCCUUCUGGACCAUCAUGCCCCCCACCCGGUGGUCCUUACCCAGCCCCAACAGUGCCAGGCCCUGGCCCCACAGGGCCAUAUCCUACACCAAAUAUGCCCUUUCCAGAGCUACCCAGACCAUAUGGUGCACCCACAGAUCCAGCUGCAGCUGGUCCUUUAGGUCCAUGGGGAUCCAUGUCUUCUGGACCUUGGGCGCCAGGAAUGGGAGGGCAGUAUCCUACCCCUAAUAUGCCAUAUCCAUCUCCAGGGCCAUAUCCCGCUCCUCCUCCUCCCCAAGCCCCUGGGGCAGCACCACCUGUUCCAUGGGGCACCGUUCCACCAGGAGCCUGGGGACCACCAGCACCAUAUCCUGCCCCUACAGGAUCGUAUCCCACACCAGGACUCUAUCCUACUCCCAGUAAUCCUUUCCAAGUGCCUUCAGGACCUUCUGGUGCUCCACCGAUGCCUGGUGGCCCCCAUUCUUACCAUUAAGUUAACAAUGGACGAAGAGAUGACGCUUUGCUUUUUGAAGUACAUAUAUAUGCACAUGAAUGCAUAUAUAAAAAUUGCUGGUUUCACUAUUAGAGGGCAUUCAUGAAAGAACAACUCUUGCACCUCUCAGAGAAGAUAACUGCCUCUUGUACUUGGAUGUGUAGUACAUCAUAUGUAUACAAUCAGAUAAAAGCAUAGAAGUAAAUCAUUCAGAUGUGAUUUUUAUUUGGUUUUCAUGGAAAGUUAAAGUGAUAAAGUAUAUUGAAUAGCUCUUUGACAGAAUUUGUUUAAAUUAUGAAACUACACACUUAAAAAUCUAAGAUGUGGAUUAUUGUUAGAAUCUGCAACUUCAUUGGUAAAUUAUUUCAAGUAUUUUUCUAUAAUCACUUUCCCCUUCUAAAUAAAUAAACUUUGAGAAUAACCCGUCAUAAUCCAAACAAAUAAUGCCUCAGCAUUUUGAGCUACUCUGUCGGACAAAUAAACCUGUUCCUCUUGAGGUUAUAUUUUGGAUAUACAUUUUUAAACUGUCAGUAAUUAUUGUCAGAUGUGGAGUUCAUUAGCCAGCCAGUGUUCAUUUUUAUCCUUGAGCUUUCAGUAAAAACUUCCUGGUUUUAUUUUUAGUCAUUGGGUCAUACAGCACUAAAGUCUGCUAUUUAUGGAAACUAACUUUUUUGUUUUUAAUCCAGGACAACAUGUAUGUAAAUUAAAUUUUUAGAUAAUUGAUUAUCUCUUUGUACUACUUGAGAUUUGAUUAUGAGAUGUGCAUAUUGCUUUGUGAAGAGCUUGAGGAAGGAAAUAAUUCUCUCCUUUGUUUUGAACCUCAAACUAGAUAAACCCUAGGCAUUGCUUAAUUGCAACAGGUAAUUUUCAUUCCCUCAAAAACCUGAGGCAGCUCUUCUGCCCAGAGCUUUCCCUGUAGCCAUCCCCCCACUUGCCCUUGGUUCUUUAGAAGGAGCACAUCCCUUGAUUCCUCCCUGAUGUGGUAAACUGGCACACUCUAGGGGUCUAAAACAUAAAACAGUUGUGUUUAGAGAACCUUAAGUCAUGCAGACAUGACUGUUCUCUUUGUACAAGUGUGAAUCAAAAUAUGUAUCUGUUUUUCAGAGUCUGGUUAAGCUAUGUCAUUGUCUACUGCAUAGUUUCCUGAGUCUAUUUGUAAAGUGCUUAUGGCUAACAGUUCAGUUCUGUAUUUGUUGACAGGUAAAUAAGUGGAGUUGAGUGCCAUCUUUGAAAAAUUUACCCUCUAGCUCUAACACUGAAAAUAAUAAUAAAUUGUAGAUCUCUGCAACUAAGUUUAAAGCAGUGUGACUGUGUUGCUUAAAUAUUACUGUUUAUAACCACCAAAAAAGUCCUAGUAGUUUUUUGGCACCUUAUGUUUAAACCAGAUUCUUAGAUUUAGGGUAGACCUGACCUUGUUAUUUAUUAGAUAACAUUUUGAAUGUAUCCAUUGGAUUUCUAAAAUGUAUUGUGAAUUUCUCAGACAAACAGGAUUUAUGCUGGAGCUCUGUUUUGCUUAGAAAUAAAAUAUUUAGUGGUUUAUUUCUGCUCUAAUUAAAAUGUCAAGAAUGCCAAAUGCUGCCAGUUUUUUGGUUUGAUAGCUACCUCCUUUUAAGAAAGCAAAAUGGUUACCUUUCAGAGGAACAUUCAGUGUUUAAUCCUCCCUUAUGUUAACUAGAUGAUAAAUGAAAGCUUUUAGAAAUGAGAAAGUAGAAACUAAUUUGUUAAGAUAUUUUCGGACUGCGGAAUGUUGUUAGCUUUUUGUUUCACUUCUCUGCAAGGACAGGUGUUAGCUAUCUACAAUACUAUUGGACUCUGUUGUCAAAGUAGCCCCCAGUCUACAAGGCAGGUAGCCUUGGCUUGAAUUAUCAAUAUCAAAAUGUCAGUUAACCAUGGAGGGAUAAAGUAAUGUGAAAAGUGAGAUGACUGCAAAGAUGUCUCUCCUUACAGUUAUUUUGGCUGGCCUACAUUGGGGUAAACUGACAAAUAGCAGUAUUUAGUUUAACACUAGAGCAAAUACAAUGUGACUAGGAAGAAGAGAUAGCAGGUUUGGGAAUCUAUAAUUAUGAAGUCCAUUGAUUUGCUAAAGGAUUCGAAGGGCCAUGAACACAAUUUGGGAUUACUACUCCCAAUAAAUAUAAUAAUUUUGCUAGUGACCGAUACUGCCCAGUGUGCCCUAAAUCAUACUGCCAUUGUACUCCCUUUGUUUUCAAGGACUUUACAAGUGGUAUUUUGGGGAGUUUUUU